ACAAAUACAAAAAGAUUAGAAAAACAAACAGUUUUAACUCUAAAAAAAGCAACGCGUGCCACAAAUAUGGCACAAAAUCGAGCGCACAAAAAGCGCUCAAAGCUUAAAAGCUUUACUUUAAGUGAAAAUAGUAUUAACGACAGUAGCAGCAGCAACAGCAGUAGCAACGACAACAAAACAAAUAUGUUAAAAACGCAACGGUUAACGGUAACGGUUAAACGCGGCUUAACAAAAUAUUUUAAUUCGUCGCCCUCUUUAUUAUUAACAACGUCGUCGUCGUGGUCGCCGUCGUCGUCUCUGGGUCGUUUUUUCCUGACCUCUGCAUUUAUUUUAUUAAUUAUAAAUAGUCAAUUUGAACAAGUUUUUACUCAAGAGAUCUCCAAAUCACAAUUACCACUAAAACAACAGCCUCAUCAACAGCAGCAUCACAACAAUGGGCUAACAGCGGCCAAUGCGGCCCGCAUGUUGGCCGGCAGUGGUGGCAAUAGUAAUAAUGAUAUGUCCCUAGUAUUACCCCACGAUACUUAUCCGGGUUUUAGUAUAAAACGUUUCAAAACCAAACCUGUAGCCAACCUUAAUACAUCCUCUGAAAAUGGCCUGCGCUUGUCAUCCAGACAUUCUAUGGCCAAUCAACAGCAUGGUUCGUAUCAUAUGUUGGACAAUGAAUAUGCUAAAUAUUUUACGGUCUUGGAAGAUGGUGUGGUAAUGACUACCUCGGAUAUAUCACCUCUAGUCAAUCGUCCGGUAAAUUUAGUGGUGGUCGAAGAAACCCCCAAUUCCACACAAACUCACAAUAUCCAGCUGUAUGUUAUGCAUCGUAAUGAUAUGUUAAGAUUUCCCGGCUCCAUGUUAGAUGCCUCGGGAGAGGUUAAGGAAAAUAAACCGGCAGGCACUAGAGUCAGAGGUGUGCCACUGAUGCAGGCUUUCAGCAAUGGUGAACUAACAACAGAACCGAAAAAGGUGAAGUAUACAAUUAUUGGAGGCAACGAAGAUGGAGCAUUUGCUUUGCAAAGUCGUCAUGCCAAACAGGCUGAUGAGAGAUCUACCAUUCUAACCAUUGAUGGAGAUGAUGAAAGUGGUGUUUGGUUGGUAACUAACCGUCCUUUGGAUCGUGAACAAACGGCUCACUAUGAUUUAUCGGUACAAGCUUCAGAUAUGGAGGAUGUAGACAAGACUGUGUCCAAAAUACAAAUCACUGUUUUAGAUGAGAAUGAUAAUAGACCCAUAUUCAAGGCCCAUGAUUAUAAAUUUGCCAUAGCUGGUCAAAAGUCCCCCGAAUUGGAUACCAAUACAUCCACCACCUGGAAAAGAUUUAGUAUUGUGGGCAAAGUAGAGGCCACAGAUGCUGAUGGUGAUAAAAUAGCUUACCGCUUGAAGCAACCCAGUAACACUGUCAUUAUUGUGCCCCAGACUGGUGAGAUAAUGUUGGUGGGUCAACCUCCUUCCACUGAAUUGUUGCUCGAUGUUGAGGCUCAUGAUUUGCGCUAUCCCAGUUUGGUUAGCUCCCAGCCAGCCAAGGUGUUAAUAGAAUUCUUGGCUCCCGAACCGGUUUCUUUUAUAAUGCAACAUCUUGAACAUGAUUCGGUUAAUGAGCACUCGCAUCAUCGUGAAAAGAGACGUGUAACUAGGGCCGUACGCCCCACCAAACGUAUCGAGUUUACUGAGGCUGAUGGUGAUACCGAGGGUAAAUCGGUAUUUCAAUUGGAAAAGGAAACUGACAAGGAAACCUUUAAGAUACGCGAUGAAAAUCCCUGGGUGACGGUGGAAACAAAUGGAGCUGUGCGUGUGAAAAAGAAGUGGGACUAUGAGGAAUUGGGUCCUGAGAAGACCAUUGAUUUCUGGGUGAUAAUCACAAAUACGGGACAUAAUGCUGGUCUCAAGUACACAGACAAUCAACGUGUUAUCAUCCACGUCAAGGAUGUCAACGAUGAACCACCCUAUUUCAUUAAUCGACCCCUACCCAUGCAGGCUGUAGUGCAACUUAAUGCCCCACCAAAUACUCCCGUCUUUACUCUACAAGCUCGUGAUCCUGAUACCGAUCAUAAUAUACAUUAUUUCAUUGUACGUGAUCGUACGGGAGGACGUUUCGAGGUUGAUGAACGUUCGGGUGUAGUACGUACCCGGGGUACAGAUCUCUUUCAAUUGGAUAUGGAAUAUGUGCUGUAUGUUAAGGCUGAGGAUCAAAAUGGCAAAGUGGAUGAUCGUCGUUUCCAAAGUACACCCGAGGAGCGUCUGAGUAUAGUGGGCGGUAAGAGAGCUCCCCAGUUUUAUAUGCCCAGUUAUGAGGCUGAGAUUCCCGAGAACCAGAAAAAGGAUUCAGACAUCAUUUCCGUUAAGGCAAAAUCUUUUGCAGACCGAGAAAUCCGUUAUACACUUAAAGCUCAAGGCCAGGGCGCGGGUACAUUUAAUAUUGGCCCCUCAUCGGGCAUUGUUAAGCUGGCCAAAGAAUUGGAUUUUGAAGAUUUACGACAACCUCAUGUCUACUCCUUGAUUGUUACAGCCACAGAGGAUUCUGGUGGUUUCUCAACAUCCGUUGAGCUGACCAUUCGUGUCACUGAUGUCAACGACAAUGCACCCAAAUUUGAGUUGCCUGAUUAUCAGGCGCACAACGUUGACGAAGACAUACCCCUGGGCACCAGCAUACUACGUGUUAAAGCGAUGGAUUCCGAUUCAGGUGCCAAUGCAGAAAUUGAAUAUUUAGUAUCCGAUGAUCAUUUUGCUGUCGAUUCGAACGGCAUUAUUGUGAACAAUAAACAAUUAGAUGCCGAUAAUAAUAAUGCCUACUAUGAGUUCAUUGUUACGGCCAAAGACAAGGGUGAACCCUCCAAGUCAGGUGUGGCUACCGUACGUGUCUAUACCAAGAAUAAAAACGAUGAAGAGCCUAAAUUCUCCCAGCAAGUCUAUACACCGAAUGUGGAUGAGAAUGCUGGCGCUAAUACGUUGGUUACCACGGUGGUGGCCUCCGACAAAGAUGGUGAUAAUGUGCGAUUUGGUUUUGUGGGUGGUGGCACCUCGUCCGGACAGUUUGUGAUAGAAGAAAUAACGGGUGUAAUACGUUUGCAUAAUAAGGCCAUAACAUUGGAUCGUGAUAAGUAUGAAUUGAAUGUAACGGCAAUGGACGAUGGUUCGUGUUGUGUGAAUGGUGACCAAACGAUACAUACAUCAACGGCUGUGGUUGUUGUUUUCAUUACGGAUGUCAAUGACAAUAAGCCGGUAUUUAAGGAUUGUGGUACUUAUUAUCCGAAAGUGGAGGAGGGCGCACCAAAUGGUAGUCCCGUUAUAAAGGUGGUGGCAACCGAUGAGGAUAAAGGUGUUAAUGGUCAGGUUAAAUACUCCAUUGUCCAGCAGCCCAAUCAAAAGGGUACCAAAUUUACCGUGGACGAAGAAACUGGUGAAGUGUCCACCAACAAAGUAUUCGAUCGUGAAGGUGAUGAUGGUAAAUUUGUAUCGGUUACGGUUAAGGCCACCGAUCAGGGUGAGCCCAGUUUAGAAGGUGUUUGCUCAUUUACAGUGGAAAUUACCGAUGUCAAUGAUAAUCCUCCUUUGUUUGAUCGUCAGAAAUAUGUGGAAAAUGUCAAACAAGAUGCCAGUAUUGGUACAAAUAUUUUACGUGUCUCCGCCUCUGAUGAGGAUGCCGAUAAUAAUGGCGCCAUUGUUUAUAGCUUGAGUGCCCCCUUUAAUCCCAAUGAUUUGGAAUAUUUUGAUAUACAAGCUGAAUCCGGUUGGAUUGUAUUGAAGAAACCUCUUGACCGUGAAACCUAUAAAUUAGAAGCCAUGGCACAAGACAAAGGCUAUCCACCUUUAUCACGUACCGUAGAGGUUCAAAUCGAUGUUGUAGAUCGUGCCAAUAAUCCACCUGUUUGGGAUCAUACCAUUUAUGGUCCCAUUUAUGUCAAGGAAAAUAUGCCAGUAGGUGGCAAAGUCGUCUCGAUCAAAGCCAGUUCGGGCAUAGAGGGCAAUCCAACGGUGUUUUAUCGUUUAAUGCCUGGGUCAACGGCGCAAACGAAUAAAUUUCAUACAUUCUAUUUGCAACAACGACCGGACAAUGGUGAUACGUGGGCCGAUAUAAAAGUCAAUCAUCCGCUGGACUAUGAAAGUAUAAAGGAAUAUAAUUUGACCAUACGUGUAGAGAACAAUGGUGCACAACAAUUGGCGUCUGAAGCAACGGUUUACAUAAUGCUGGAAGAUGUUAACGAUGAAAUUCCUCUAUUCACUGAACGUGAACAGGAAACGGUAUUGGAAGGUGAACCAAUUGGCACAAAAGUAACACAAGUGAAUGCCAUCGAUAAAGAUGGCACUUUUCCAAAUAAUCAGGUUUACUACUACAUUGUCGAUUCACCGCGUAAUGAGGGCAAAGAAUUCUUUGAAAUCAAUUUGCAAAGUGGUGAAAUCUUUACAAAAACCGUAUUCGAUAGAGAGAAGAAAGGCGCCUAUGCUUUGGAGGUAGAAGCAAGGGAUGGAGCACCAUCGGCAAGACCCAACAGCAAUGGACAACCCAAUUCAGUGACAAAAUUCAUACGUAUUGGCAUUGCGGAUAAAAACGAUAAUCCUCCCUAUUUCGAUAAGAGUUUAUAUGAAGCUGAGGUCGAUGAAAAUGAAGAUAUACAGCAUACGGUAUUAACAGUUACCGCCAAAGAUCAUGAUGAAUCUUCUCGCAUACGUUACGAAAUCACCAGCGGUAACAUUGGUGGUGCCUUUGCUGUCAAAAAUAUGACCGGUGCUAUUUAUGUGGCGGGUGCUUUGGAUUAUGAGACACGCAGAAGGUAUGAGCUACGUUUAGCUGCUUCGGAUAAUUUAAAGGAAAACUAUACCACCGUUAUAAUACACGUCAAAGAUGUCAACGAUAAUCCUCCCGUAUUUGAGAGACCCACCUAUCGCACCCAAAUCACCGAGGAAGAUGAUCGCAAUUUACCCAAACGUGUGCUACAGGUUACCGCAACCGAUGGUGACAAGGAUCGUCCACAAAACAUUGUGUAUUUCUUGACAGGACAAGGUAUUGACCCUGAUAAUCCAGCAAAUAGUAAAUUCGAUAUUAAUCGCACCACAGGAGAGAUAUUUGUAUUAAAGCCCCUCGAUCGUGAUCAACCCAACGGACGUCCUCAAUGGCGUUUCACAGUCUUUGCCCAAGACGAAGGCGGCGAAGGUCUAGUGGGUUAUGCCGAUGUACAAGUAAAUCUCAAAGAUAUCAACGAUAAUGCUCCCAUAUUCCCACAAGGCGUUUACUUUGGAAAUGUUACUGAAAAUGGCACCGCUGGCAUGGUGGUAAUGACUAUGACCGCCGUAGACUAUGAUGAUCCCAACGAAGGCUCCAAUGCCAAACUGGUAUAUUCCAUAGAGAAAAAUGUCAUAGAAGAAGAAACAGGAUCGCCCAUAUUUGAAAUAGAGCCAGAUACGGGUGUCAUCAAGACAGCAGUAUGUUGCCUAGAUCGUGAGCGUACGCCAGACUAUUCUAUACAAGUGGUGGCCAUGGAUGGUGGAGGUCUUAAGGGGACGGGAACGGCUUCGAUACGUGUCAAAGAUAUAAACGAUAUGCCGCCGCAAUUUACCAAAGAUGAAUGGUUUACGGAGGUGGACGAAACGGAUGGUACUACACUGCCGGAAAUGCCUAUAUUAACUGUGACCGUUCACGAUGAAGAUGAAACUAAUAAGUUCCAAUACAAAGUCAUCGAUAACAGUGGUUAUGGUGCGGAUAAAUUUACCAUGGUGAGAAAUAAUGAUGGUACGGGCUCCUUGAAAAUCGUUCAACCUUUAGAUUAUGAGGAUCAACUGCAAUCGAAUGGUUUCCGAUUUAGGAUACAAGUCAAUGAUAAGGGUGAAGAUAAUGACAAUGAUAAAUACCAUGUAGCCUAUUCGUGGGUAGUGGUGAAACUAAGAGAUAUCAACGACAAUAAACCCCAUUUCGAAAGAGCCAACGUAGAGGUUUCCGUAUUUGAAGAUACCAAAGUGGGAACAGAACUAGAAAAGUUCAAGGCCACUGAUCCCGAUCAGGGUGGCCGCAGCAAGGUUUCGUAUUCGAUAGACAGAUCUUCGGAUAGACAGAGGCAAUUUGCCAUCAAUCAAAAUGGCUCGGUAACGAUACAGCGUUCUUUGGAUCGUGAGGUAGUGCCCAGACAUCAAGUGAAAAUUUUGGCCAUAGAUGAUGGUAGUCCACCCAAAACUGCCACGGCUACUUUAACUGUGAUCGUGCAGGAUAUUAACGAUAAUGCUCCUAAAUUUUUGAAAGACUAUCGACCGGUAUUGCCGGAACAUGUACCACCACGUAAGGUUGUGGAAAUAUUGGCCACCGAUGAUGAUGAUCGCUCGAAGAGCAAUGGACCGCCAUUCCAGUUCCGUUUGGAUCCCAGUGCUGAUGAUAUUAUAAGGGCUUCGUUUAAGGUGGAGCAAGAUCAAAAGGGUGCUAAUGGUGAUGGUAUGGCUGUUAUUUCCUCCUUAAGAUCCUUUGACAGAGAACAACAAAAGGAAUAUAUGAUACCAAUUGUCAUUAAGGAUCAUGGUUCGCCGGCCAUGACUGGUACCAGCACCUUGACCGUUAUUAUUGGUGAUGUAAAUGACAACAAAAUGCAGCCCGGUUCCAAAGAUAUUUUUGCCUACAACUAUCAGGGUCAGUCACCGGAUACCCAAAUUGGUCGUGUUUAUGUUUACGAUUUGGAUGAUUGGGAUCUGCCCGACAAGAAAUUCUACUGGGAGUCACAAGAACAUCCACGCUUUAAGUUGGACGAGGACUCGGGAAUGGUAACCAUGAGAGCUGGUACCCGGGAAGGUCGUUAUCAUUUGAGAUUUAAGGUCUAUGAUCGCAAGCAUACACAAACUGAUGUGCCCGCCAAUGUAACCGUUACCGUUCGUGAAAUACCCCAUGAAGCUGUUAUUAAUUCGGGUUCGGUGAGACUUUCCGGCAUAACCGAUGAAGAUUUUAUACGUGUGUGGAACUACAGAACACAAUCGUUAAGCAGAUCUAAAAUGGAUAGAUUCCGUGAUAAAUUAGCCGAUCUUUUGAAUACCGAUCGUGAAAAUGUCGAUAUAUUCAGUGUGCAAUUGAAGAAGAAACAUCCUCCUCUAACUGAUAUUAGAUUUUCCGCCCAUGGUUCUCCGUAUUAUAAGCCUGUAAGACUAAAUGGUAUAGUUUUGAUGAAUCGUGAGGAGAUUGAGAAGGAUGUGGGAAUUAACAUUACCAUGGUGGGCAUAGAUGAGUGUUUGUAUGAAAAUCAAAUGUGUGAAGGAUCCUGCACGAAUACUUUGGAUAUUAGCUCUUUGCCUUAUAUGGUGAAUGCCAAUAAAACUGCUUUGGUGGGUGUCCGGGUAGACACCUUGGCUGAAUGUACUUGUGGUGCUAGAAACUUCUCUAAACCCGAGAACUGUCGUAAUACCCCUUGCUACAAUGGCGGACGUUGUGUGGAUACCAGAUUUGGUCCUCAUUGCUCGUGCCCUGUAGGCUAUACUGGUCCCAGAUGUCAACAAACUACUAGAAGUUUCCGCGGUAAUGGCUGGGCUUGGUAUCCUCCUUUGGAAAUGUGUGAUGAUUCCCAUUUAAGUUUGGAAUUCAUAACACGCAAACCAGAUGGUUUGAUUAUCUACAAUGGUCCCAUAGUGCCGCCCGAACGUGAUGAAAUGCUGAUAUCUGAUUUUAUAUCCCUGGAAUUGGAGAGAGGCUAUCCCAGACUGUUGAUAGACUUUGGUUCCGGCACUUUGGAGUUGAGAGUGAAAACCAAGAAAACUUUGGAUGAUGGAGAAUGGCAUCGUAUUGAUUUGUUCUGGGAUAGUGAGAAUGUGCGCAUGGUUGUGGAUUUCUGUAAAUCGGCUGAAAUCAGUGAAAUGGAAGAUGGUUCUUUGCCCGAAUUCGAUGAUAUGUCGUGUCAGGCCAGAGGCCAGAUACCACCCUUCAGUGAGUAUCUUAAUGUCAAUGCCCCACUACAAGUGGGCGGCUUGUAUCGUGAGCAAUUUGAUCCGUCGUUAUACUUCUGGCAUUAUACUCCCAUGGCCAAGGGCUUUGAUGGUUGUAUACGCAACCUGGUGCACAAUUCCAAGCUAUACGAUUUGGCUCAUCCUGGUCUGUCACGCAACAGUGUGGCCGGUUGUCCACAAACCGAAGAGGUGUGCGCACAAUCCGAACAAACCGCUAGAUGUUGGGAGCACGGUAACUGUGUGGGCUCCCUCUCCGAAGCCAGAUGCCAGUGCAGACCCGGCUGGACUGGACCAGCCUGUAAUAUACCAACCAUACCCACCACCUUUAAACAACAGAGUUAUGUCAAGUACGCCUUAAGCUUUGAACCCGACCGCUUUAGCACCCAAAUACAAUUGAGAUUCCGUACCCGCGAACAACACGGCGAACUAUUCCGUGUUAGUGAUCAGCAUAAUCGUGAAUAUGGCAUUUUGGAGAUUAAAGAUGCUCGUUUACAUUUCCGCUACAAUUUGAAUUCACUGCGUACGGAGGAGAAGGAUUUAUGGCUUAAUGCAGUGGCUGUUGAUGAUGGCCAGUGGCAUGUGGUGCGCAUAAAUCGUUAUGGUUCGGCAGCAACAUUAGAGUUGGACGGUGGUGAGGGCAGACGUUACAAUGAAACGUUUGAGUUUGUGGGCCAUCAGUGGUUGUUGGUGGAUAAGCAGGAGGGCGUGUAUGCGGGUGGCAAAGCUGAGUACACGGGUGUGCGUACAUUUGAGGUUUAUGCGGACUAUCAGAAGAGUUGUUUGGAUGAUAUACGACUUGAAGGUAAACAUUUACCAUUGCCACCUGCCAUGAAUGGCACACAAUGGGGUCAGGCCACAAUGGCGCGUAAUUUGGAAAAGAACUGUCCAUCGAAUAAACCAUGUUCAAAUGUAAUUUGUCCAGAUCCAUUUGAAUGUGUUGAUUUAUGGAAUGAAUAUGAGUGCACUUGCGGGGAAGGACGUGUUAUGUCACCGGAUGCUAAAGGUUGUAUGGAUCGUAAUGAAUGUUUGGAUUUGCCCUGUUUAAAUGGGGCCACAUGUAUAAAUUUAGAGCCAAGACUGCGUUACCGUUGUAUAUGUCCCGAUGGUUUCUGGGGUGAAAAUUGUGAAUUGGUGCAGGAAGGACAAACGUUGAAAUUGAGCAUGGGCGCUUUAGCGGCAAUUUUAGUUUGCUUGCUGAUCAUAUUAAUUUUGGUGCUGGUGUUUGUUGUGUAUAAUCGUCGUCGUGAGGCGCAUAUUAAAUAUCCUGGACCAGAUGAUGAUGUACGCGAAAAUAUCAUUAACUAUGACGAUGAGGGUGGCGGUGAGGAUGAUAUGACUGCGUUUGAUAUAACACCACUGCAGAUACCCAUUGGUGGUCCCAUGCCACCCGAAUUGGCCACCAUGAAAAUGCCAAUAAUGUAUCCUGUCAUGACUUUAAUGCCUGGCCAAGAGCCCAAUGUGGGCAUGUUUAUUGAGGAGCAUAAAAAACGUGCCGAUGGUGAUCCCAAUGCCCCGCCUUUUGAUGAUUUACGCAAUUAUGCUUAUGAGGGUGGCGGCAGUACAGCCGGUUCUUUAAGUUCAUUAGCUUCGGGUACUGAUGACGAAUGUCAGGAAUAUGAUUAUUUAGGAGCCUGGGGACCCAGAUUCGAUAAACUAGCCAACAUGUAUGGACCCGAAGCCAACAAUCAUACUACCGAUUUAGAAUUGUAAGUGAGUACAGAGAGAGAAAACAAAAUACACACUUAGAGACAAAUGCAAAAAAAGCGAGAAUGAAAGACACCAGCAAAAACUAAAUGAAAUUGAAUUAAUCCCACAAAUAAAAACGCAAAGGCAAAAUGACGAAAGAAAAGAAACAAUUAAAAAUUCAAAUUCUAAAACACAAAAAGAAAAUUCGAUUAGAGAAUCCUCCACACACAGUUUAAAACCAAACGAAACGAACAAAAAAUACUCUAAAGAAGAAACCAAAAAAAAAAAGAAUCUCCACAACAAGACAUACAAACAAAAAUCUAAAAUUAAAACAAAAAAAAAAAACAACAAUUUAAGAUUGCUAAGCAAGCUUUAAGAUGAAUAGGAAAAAAAUAUAACUAGGAAACGGAAAUAAGGAAAAGGAAAUUCGAAACCGAACAUGAAUAGAAAAUAAUUUCAAAAUUAAAACCUUAAACAAAAAAAAAAAAA